GGAAUUCCCGACAAGCACACUUGAGUGUAGUACUGGGAGUUGCGUGCUCCAAACUCGUUGACUUACUUUAGGAGGUGUCGUCUUCAUUUUAAGAUGAUUCCCAAAAACGUCGCAAGAAUUAAAGUGUCUUUUAAGCCAAUGCAGUAACUCUUAAGAGGCUCAGCAAAGUGCCUGGGGGAGAGCAGGAGGACGAAAGAGGGGGAAAGUUGAUCUUACUACCAACAGACGGACUUUUGGAUUUGUUCGUCCGCAGUAAAUGUGCCAUAGUGGCACGACCUCAUCUAUCAUCUGGACUGGAUGUGCUGUAUGUGCCGGUCACCCCCACUGCCACUUUGAUCUGGUCUGGGCAGGAGAGCAACAAGCACCAGUAGGACACUUCUGUGGCCAAACUGACUGCAGGAUGGGAAGCUUUUCCAGUAAAGACAGCCAUGGACUCACUGGGAACCACUUGGAUAGUUUCCACACUCCUCCUGCUUCCCCGCAAAAACACGACCCUGGAUUUGUACCUGGCACCACCCAGCUCCUCCCCUCCAGAUCAUUAAAAUCUCCCAGUGCAAUUUCAUCUUCACCUCCUGUCUCGGUGGUUGCUUCCACCAAUGUUAAGCAAUCACAGCCAAGUUCUGCCAUUCCUCCACCUGAGUGGAGGCCUCCUCUUCCACGGCUCAACUCAAAUAGCUCCAUAACUGUCUCAGUUGUCAGUCCAGUGUGUACCAAACAAGAAGGUAGAUUAGCAGAGAACGAACAUAAUACUUUGGGUAGAAAUGGGACUCCUACUUCUACACCUCCGACUGCUGUUGCACAGAAGAAGUGUGUGCCUUUCAGCCCUUCAAAGAGCCCACCCUCUACGUGUAUCUCCUCGCCGCCUGUCCAUAGCUCUUCUCGGCCGAAAUGGAAUGAAAGGGACAGCGGUCUUAGUCAGUCUUUGUCCCCAACUCCAGAGGCCCGAAAUGUCCAGUCAGAAGAACUUGAGCGACUGUUAGAUGAGUGUUGGACAACAUUAGGGACCUCUGCCAGUCAGGAUGGGCCCACAGAUGUCGUAGAAACGCUGAAACAUUUCCAAGCAGAAGUGAAGAAUAUGAAGAAUGCAAUGCAGAGCGAGCGAACAGAAUGGCUGCAGUUCCAGGCUGAUCUUCAGGUGGCGGUGUCAGUGGCUGACCGUUUAAGAGCAGAAGCUGAAGAGGAGUUGACUGCUCUCCGGAUGGCUCAUAAAGAUGUAAAGAGGGAAUUAUCUGCAGCCCUGCAAAGACAGAAGGAGGCUGACAUGCAGCUUGUCUCUUUGAGAGGGGAGCUUGAGGAGAGCAGGCAGAGGCUGGCUACACCGAGUCAGACUACAGACAAAACUAAUGCCAAAGAAGGAGAAAAGACAGACCCUCUGAAGAACUCUGACAGCAAAGAGGAGAAUCAGAGGGGCAGGGAGAGGGGACUUUACCGGCUAGUUGGAAGCGUGAAUGACACUGUGAAAAGUGUUGUAAGAGAGGACUGUGUGGCUGUCACUAAACGAUACCUGAGAAAUGUAACCAACGAAGAAAGGAGCAGGGAAGAGGUACGAUCGGGUGAAGCACGAAGAACAAACACUGAGAGGUCAAGAAGCCUAUCCAGAUUACCAGAGUACUCUGACUCCCUCACAAUACAAAAUGGAACUUUCCAGUCAACCACUUCCACAACACCUGAAUCAACAAAGAAGAAUUUGGCACAACUUAGAGGACGAAGAAGUCUGGACCAACAAGAGAGCAGAUCAAACACCGAUAAAGGAAAACGGGAGGAAACUCUAAACAAGUACAAUUCAACUCUCUCUGAUGUGGCACCAACCAGGUCCCAUGAUGGAUUCAACUUGCUCCUACGGCGCCAUGGAGGCUCAAAGAGAAAUUCGCUACUACGUUGGUGUCAAAGCCAAACCCAAGGCUACAAAAAUAUUGACAUUACCAAUUUUAGCAGCAGCUGGGUGGAUGGCCUUGCAUUUUGUGCUGUUUACCAUACCUACCUCCCCUCGCAUAUUCCUUAUAGCAGUCUUAGUCCAGACAACAAGAGCGAAAAUCUCAGUCUAGCCUUCAAAACAGGCGAAACUGUUGGGAUUGCACCAUCUUUGACUGUUGAGGACAUGCUGCGUGCAGGUGGUCCUGACUGGCAAAGGGUCCUGAGCUAUGUGGAGAGCAUGUAUCGUCACUUUGAGAUGUGACUGAUGGAGGAGCAGUGAACUAUCCAAUGUUGAAGUGUCCAGGGCUGGACGGUAAUGAUCACAAUAUUAAAGUGGCUCCAUUGAAAGUUUGACAGUGUUUAAUAAUCAGGGAUGUGUAUUAGAGAGGGCCACAUGCUUGCACAUCCACCACACUAAUACUGACGCACCAAAUGCCUUUCUUACUUGUUGUAAGUGAACUUUGUACUUGUGAUAAUAUGUACAUACCAAAUAUUUGACUAUCCUUCCUUGGAACAUGUUAAUAUGUAACUAGUGUUAAUACCAAAGGAAUAAAAUGUUUAUAUAAAGUCAAUAUUCAAGACUCACUGUGGUUUAUCUUUUUUUUUUUUUGGUUUGCACUCGACGAGCCAAAGACCGAGGAAGAGGAGGUACUGUUCGUUAAUAGUAAAUACUCAUCAGCAUUUGCGCCACUUCAAAGUGAUGGCAGAGGAUGCAAAAAAAAAACAUUUAUGAAAAAUAAAAACGAGGGUAGCCAACCCUUCUGGAGAGAAAUUUAAGGAGGGAAGCAGCUGCAGCUGACACCCACUUAGCAACAACAUGAGGUGGCGCUAUACCCAAGCCCGUCGACGGGGGUGCACAAACGGGUAUGUUGUCCCAGGCCUCAGGACCAUAGGGGCCCCUGAAUGACCCUUUAUUUAUUUUACUAUACAUUCACAUAUUUCUUUUUUAUUUAAAUCAUUGUCGUA